UAAAGACCCAGCAAGUUCACAGAGCGGGGCAAAGACAGUAACAGUGUGUGACAGAACAGGAGAUUUAAUAGUGCAUCUUUCUGAAGUGGAGUUGGUGUGGAGAUCUGUGAGUGUGAACUCAGGAUGAAGAUCCUCCUCACCUUCGCCCUCUGCCUGAUCUCAGAUGGAGGAGCCUCCAAGGAAGUAACAGGAUAUUCAGGAGGAGGAGUCCUUAUCAAGUGCAAGUAUGAUGCAGAAUUCAUACAAAAUAAAAAAUAUUUCUGUAAGCGUUCAUCACUAGGCUGUUCUGACCAAAUAAAGACAGAAGCUAAAAAUGAGUGGAUAAAGUCAGGAAGAUUCUCACUGUUUGAUGACACCAAAUCAGCAGAGUUCAGGGUGAUGAUCAGAGAGCUCACUGUACAGGACACUGGGAUGUACCAGUGUGGAGUUGAUAUAAGUUUGAGUAAUGACAUUUACAUAUUGGUGGAACUGAAGGUAAAGAAAGGGAGCUUGAUCUCUAGAGAAGUGAGUGCAUAUGCCGGGGGAGGAGUCAACAUCAAGUGCAGAUAUGAGGCUGAAUAUAAAGACAAACCAAAAUCUUUCUGUAAGAUCGGAACACAUCAAUGGUGUUUUAAUCGAACAGCUACAAAACUGUACAGUGAAUGGUCUCAUGAUGGCAGAUUCUCAAUUCAUGACAACAGAGGUGCAGGAUUCUUCAGGGUGUUUAUCAGACAGCUGAUUACGGAGGACACUGGAACAUACGCGUGUGCUGUUGCUGUGUCUGAUGAAAUAGAGACCCGCACUGUAGUGAAGCUGAAUGUAACAGAAGAUCUGUCCUAUAAGAAGUCCAUCAUUGAGACUAUCCAUGUAGGAGGAGAUUUGAGUGUCAGCUGUAAAUACCCAGAAUCCCUCAGGAAUGACCCAAAGUUUCUCUGCAAGAGGUUGCAAACAGCUGCUUGUCCUCAUAAAACAUCUGUUAAGGAAAACGGGAAAGAUGUAAAUAUGGGGAAGUUCUCCCUGUAUGAUGACAGUGCAAAACAAACCUUAAAUAUGACCAUGAAAAAUGUAACUCAACAGGACUCUGGUGAAUACUGGUGUGGAGCUGAAGUAGCCUUGAAAUCUGAUCAUGUAUACAAGGUUUAUUUCACACAGAUCAACCUGACAGUUACUGCUACACCCUCAAAACCAACAAAACGUUCAGUGGUAUCAUUAUCAUCAUCAUCAUCAUCAUCAUCAUGGCCGACACCAACUUUUGCUCCAACGGGACUUUCCCCAGUUUCCAUUGUGAUCACUGUGUUAGUAAAUCUUCUGAUUGGGCUUCUGAUCGGAAGCAUAUGCCUUUUUGUGACUUUCCGAAUUAAACGCAAGAUACGAGGAAGUACACCAUCUCUUGUCAGGAAUUCUGUUCCAGGCUCAGGAAACAGCCAUGGCGAUUUUAAAGACACCAAAGCCCUUUCUGCCUCAGAAACCGGUACUUCUACAGGUUACUCUACUGCACAACUACCCACAAGCCCCUCUGAUCCUUCGCAAACUGUUUACGCCAACCCACUGUUAUCAACAAGCCCCUGUGAUUCUGCAAAUACUGCUUCCGCAGCUCAGUUACCCACAAGUCUCUCUGACUUCUCAGUGUCCGCUGUUGAGAAAUCUGCAGAUCUUACGUACGCAACAGUAAAUUUUCACACCAAUGCCACAAGCUCUGAUAAUGCAGCUCCUAAGAUUAAGUUUAAAAAGGAGGAGGAAUCGUGUGAGUAUGCUACAGUGAGUCAUGGUAAUUCAUAUGGCUAGUUUUGCAUACUGUACACACUCACUGGCCACUUUAUUAGGAACACCUGCAUACCUGAUGUGAACAUUAACUGAAGCACUUGACCUGUAUUUGCAUGAUUUUAUGCAUUGCAUUGCUGCCAUGUUAUUGUAUGAUUGGAUAAUGGCAUGAGCAUGCAGGUGUACAGGUAUUCCUAAUAAAGUGUAUGUUGAGUGUAUUUACCGAAUACAAUGAAUCUGUCAAAUAUGCUUAAUUACUUAAUAAUUGAAGAAGCACAUGCAGUUAUUGUUUGCCAUUUUGUUUGUUUUACACUUUCGCCUUGAAAUACUGUUUAAUACAACAGCAAUGUUGUUGAUCCUGAUUGGCCAGGAGGUGUUGAAUAAUUUUCUGUAACAGCAGCUCUGACAAUAGCGCGAGCUGUAAUUCACAUCACAGCUUAUAUUAAUACUCUCGUUCUAAUAUGUUUUUUUUUUUUUUUUUUUUUUUUUAGUAGCAACUUCUACCUGGACUUAUAUGCCAGACCCUGAAUAAGAAAUGUGUAAUUAUUGAUCUGGUAAAGUUGUAAUGUGAGCGUUUAAAGCUACAGUACAUGUAGAUUUCUGUAAAGCUGCUUUGUGACAAUGUUCAUUGUUAACUGCACUAUAUAAGUCUAACUGAAUUGAAUUAAAAUAUUUAACAGGUCAGGAAGGAGUCUCCAGUUUCAGUGCUCCACAAUAUUAAAAUGUAACUAUGAACAGAUAAAAUUUGUUAAUGUCUGCAAAUUUUUGAAUAAAACACUCCAAAUAAACCAUAA